GAGUGAGAGAUGGUGAGCACCAUGAAUGACACUUUUCAGCUUCAGCUGCACAGAUCACAUCCAGGAGUCCAACUUACCUUUUAGUGCCGGCUGAGGGACGUCCACUUUUCUGGGGAAUGAGGGUGUUACACUGGUCCAUGCUGGGAGUGACCAUUCUGCUGCUGAUGUGCGAGAUCGCCAUCAGUCAGCUGUGUAAGUCCCUCAUCACCCUGGUGGAUGGUUUCCACACGCUCUUCAUCCUCAUGCACCUGGCUCUUCCUCUUCCUCAGACUGCAGGCACAAUUAAAACAUCGCUCUCCUCUUUGGAGCCCUCUACUUCUCCACAUGCUUCCUCCAUUGAACCUCCAGCUGGUAGCCAGACAGUCACUGCUCAGCCUAACCAUGAGACACCAUCAGUGGUCAACCCUCAUCAGCCCGUCUCCCCAAAGAUUUCCCCUGCAGCUCUAAACUGCGGUCUGUCUUACCACAACAGCAGGGUUCAGGUUGUGAGGGUUUUCAUUUCUACCCUCCUACUGGUCUCCUUAUGUAUUUCAUACUUCAUGGAAAUUAUCCACUUUUUCCUGAAGCCACACCCAGUGCAUCAACCCCAGCUGCUUGUGGUGGUUGGAGUAGUCAGCACGCUCUAUAAGAUGCUUGUGUUCGGGCUGAGCUGUGAUCGUCUGCGACAUAAGAAGACCGGGGUGGGCGAGGAAGAGACUGGAUCUCACCUACUAGUUAACCAAAAAGGUAACACACAAAAAAUAAUGAAAGAAGGUAAUGGGCUAUUUUAUUUAUCUGCACACAACUCUUCGGCUCAUUGUACCAUCAGGGAUGGUAAGCAUUUAACCUCCAGCAUCCCUGACACUGACGCCCAAAGUCAGCAACAACAGCCAGAAGUUCACCUGCCUGAAUUUAAAGUAGCGAGCAGUGCUGAAGAUUCAAAGGCUUGUAAGGGUCAGAGUGAUUUCACAGAGAAUCCUGAACACAACACCUGCACGGGACAUCAUGAGAGUCAAAAUGCAUCUAAAACCUCUGACGUCUGCAAGUCAUUACCUCACACUGAGAAUCCGGUUCCAACCAACCGCUGGCCCAUCAGACUCAUGUCAUUGAUCUUUGUCACUCAGGGAGUUUUUACGUCUCUUCUGGGCCUGAUCAACAGUCUGGUGAUGCUACUGAUCCUCCCGGAGGUCAUCGACAGCUCUGGUGCCUGCUGCCUCCUGGUUUACCUGGAUCCUGGCCUCUCUCUGCUGGCUGUCAUUACGCUGAUUGCCACCUCUGCACCGCAGUUGUGCAGGUAUGGACUGCUGCUACAACAAGCCACACCACCACAUAUUUGUGUUACUGAUCUUGGGCGGAGGAUUGCAUGCUUGCCUGGAGUGCAGGCUGUGCACGACCUUCACGUCUGGCAGUUAACUGAAUCCCUCGUUGUGGCCUCUGUUCAUGUGCACUGCUACACGGGAUUUCCAGCACACAGGUGUGCUGAAAUGAUGUCGGGAGUCACUAAAGUGCUGCGAAGUGCAGGUGUGAGCUGCUGCACUGUUCAACCAGAGUUUGAUUCCACCUCAUUAGGCAGCGAGGACGGAGCUUCUCCUGUUAUCCACAGAGAGGACCCCUCACCACCACCUCCCCUGGCGUGCAGUCUUUCCUGCGGAAAGGCCUGUGCCAGGAGUAUGUGCUGUUCUCCUCCAGAGGAGGCGAUCCAGAGCCUCCUGGCGCCACCGAGUGGAGAAACAAAGGAAGAGCCUCAGACUUUGAUCAUUGAGAACACUUUUCUCUGACAAUAACCAAAGAAUAACCACGGAGGAAAGAAAUUAAUCAUCACACUCAUUUCAAAACGGAGAGGGGAAGAUGGUGAAAUGUGGGGAAAUAAAAUGACCCGAAUAAGCUCAAUAUCAGUCUCGAGUUUUGUGGUGCUACUCCGAGAAAUUUUAUGCAGUGUGUAGUAAAAUGGUUUAGAUUUUUUUUGUAAUCCCUUAUGUCGCCAUACUUGUGCCUGAAAACUCUGUUAGUGUUUCCAAGUUGUACAAUAAAAGAAAUAUUCAUUCUAA